AUGUAUCUCACUAUACUAAAUGAGAGUGAUUAUAGAGCGCGAAAUCUAAAGUAUAAGGAAGACAUCGCUUAUGUAACCAAACAUAGCAAGUGGAUUUUGAAAUCUAUCGGUAUUUGGCCAAUAAUUCUAAAGAAUGUUGCAAAAUUUCUACCGAAAAUCUUAAUUGGAAUUACUAAUUUUGUCCUACUUUUCGCCAUUAUACCAUGUAUCCUGUAUAUCAUACUUGAAGAGAAAAAUAAUGUAAUAAAAUUAAAAUUAUGCGGUUUAUUGAUAUUCUGCUCGAUUGCGUUGAUGAAGCACUGGGCGCUCGCCUAUCGCAAACCAAAAAUUAAGAAUUGUAUCGAACAGAUACAAAAUGAUUGGGAACAGGUAGAAUUAUAUGAAGAUCGCGAAAUGAUGUUAAAAUAUGGACAAGUGGGUAGAAAUUUAACAAUAAUUUGUGCUGUUUUUAUGUAUACCGGUGGCGCUAUUUAUCACACAAUUUUACAAUAUGAAAUCGGUACGUUUAUCGAUGAAUAUAACCAUACAAUCAAACCACUGGUCUAUCCCACAUACAGCGGCCUAUUUAAUGUUCAAAAAAGCCCCAUUUAUGAGUUAAUAUAUGUUCUUCAUUGCACAUGUGGAUACAUCAUGUAUUCCAUAACUGCUGGUGCUUGUGGAUUAGCCGCACUUUUCGUAACACAUGCUUGUGGACAAAUUGAUAUCAUCAUAGCUCGAUUGAAUGAUCUUUUACAUGCCAAAUAUGACAAAGGAAAAUUUAAUCUGAAUGCACGAUUGAUAAAAAUUGUUGAACAUCACUUACAAAUUUUAAGAUUUUCAGCGACAGUACAAGUGAUACUGCAAGAAGUAUGCUUUUUAGAAUUUAUUGGUUCUAUCUUUUUGAUUUGUUUACUCGAAUAUUAUUGUAUAACGGUACUUCUUCUUUCUUUUCAUUUUUCACAUGACUUUCUACAAAUUCAAGAUUUUUUAUUAUGACAGGAUUGGGAAUUAAAUGACAUCAUUAGUCUUACAACAUACAUAAUAUUAUUAAUAUCUUUAACAUUUAAUAUAUUUAUAUUAUGUUAUAUUGGUGAACUUCUAAUGGAAAAGAGCAGCAGCAUUGGAUUAUCCUGUUUUAUGAUUGAUUGGUAUCACUUACCUGUUAAGACAAUUCAAGGACUCAUCCUAAUAAUCGCCAUAUCAAAUAGUCCAACGAAAAUAAGUGCUGGAGGAAUAGUUGAUUUAUCUCUGUUUACUUUUGCAAAUAUUUUAAAGACAUCAUUCGUGUACUUAAAUUUCAUUCGAGCUACAAUCAUGUAA